GACUGACAGCUCUUGCGAUCGUCAGGAGCUUUUCGGCAGCGGGACGAAUGACGGCUUAGCUGUAGAGGAAGUUAGUGGAGGCAGCCAGGCAGGCAAGCGGGCAUCCGCGUUACUAUGUAACCUGCACGAAUUGGACACAUCAUUGCAGUCAGACAGAGGAAGGUAGCAGCAUUCAUGGAUAUUGUGGACACUUUUAACGUUUUAAUACCCAGUGACCAGUUGGACGACACGCUUGCCAUAGGUCAAAAUCUGGAAUGUGAAGCCAGUAAUGAGUUUGGGUCAGGACUCUGCCUUGAAGAUUCUCUUAAGAACAUGCUGAGUGAUACAGAUCCAAUGUUUGGAUGUGCAACUUCUCAGUUCAACCUGCUGGAUACUGAGGACCCAACUUUCCAAAUUUCAAGCUCAGCAGAGCUCAGUGGUGGUUCCUCAGCCACAGGCCUCAGCGGUGACCUGGCGGUAACGGAAACCAAUUCGGUCAAGAGACCUGUUGGCCGACCCAGGAAACGUCCAUGUGAUGUACAAUUAGAAUCAAAGAAUGAUUCAGAGCCUCCUGAUAUUACCACAGCCACCGUACCCUGCGGACGACCAACAAGGACACCUUCCAACAGGCUACAGAAGUCAUUUCUGAUCAAAAAAGGAAUAAAAGGCCUACAGCUGAAAGAAGAACUAACUCUGGGUGGACGCAUCAAUAUCAAUGAUAUUGAAGGUGGAUUAUGGUUAAAACCUUCUGUUGUGUUGAAACGGCUGACUGUCACCAUUGGAGGAUUCAAGAUUGAACUACUUCCUGGACCGUCCUAUCUCCAAGACACAGAAGCCAACUUUGACGGUAGUUUUUCUUACGAUGCGAAUGUUGGUUUUGCCAUGAUGUCAGAAGAUGGCGCCUCGGCACAGAAUCCCGUUCCUGAGAAAGUCGCAGACCGGGGUGUCACUGAGAAUAUGUGUGUUGAUGAUACACCACUUGGUUUGGGGCCGUAUGUGAACCCUAAUGACGUCCAAGCGGCUAACGGGACAGAAACACAAAGGUGCACUCAAGAAACUAAAGAUGACAAUCAGACUGGUGCUAAAAAGCAGAAGCCUGUCGAUGACAGAAAAUGUGGUCUUAAAUUGCCACCAAGCAACGGGACCUCUUCAAGUGACAAAGUGGACAAUAAAGAAAAGAAACCACUUUUAGCCCAAAACCUGCUCCAAUCCAAGCAACAUCUCGUUUCCAAUAAGAAAGGUUCAAUUACAGGUGGACAAAGCAACAUGACUAAAGGAGCUACGGUUUCCCAAAAAGUACCAUCCAAAGUUGUCCAAAGAGAUGUACUUCACAAAUUAAAGUCUCUCAAAGAGAUGAGAAGCGGUCAACAUUUAAAAAGGCGGGCUGGAAGCACUCCAAUUGAGCAUAUCCCGAAACAUCCAAAGAUGCAAACAGGAGAUUCCAAAGUGAAGCCCAGUUCUCCAGUGAAGAAGACGCCAUCUAGUGGCAUUCGUGUGGUUGAACAACACAGUCCAACCAAACCAUCUCAUACUCUCAACACCUUGAAAGCAGACGCUUCGAACUCCUCCUAUGUCGCUCGUCCGGGCCAUUCCUCCAAAACACCAGAAGAAGCAGGGCAGGAGAAGCCUAAACUGAAGAAGCCUGAAAAGGUUCUACAAAAGCAAAAAAGUAAAACUGCUCGAAGCAUCUCUGUGGAUGAGCCGCAGCUGUUCAUCCCCGACAACGCUCCGGCUGUCAAGAAAGAAAGUGUUGAGCAACAGGUGGCACAGCAGGAGCAGGAACAACCUGCCAACAACGAGUCUAUGUGGGAUGGAAACAACUGCUGUGGUCAGUGCAAGAAACACCACAACAACAUGUUCAUGGUAGGUUGCGGCCGCUGUGAGGACUGGUUCCAUGGUGACUGCGUUGGUCUUGACCUGCUCAAAGUACGCGAGAUGGAGGACGAGGACCAGAUGUACGUGUGCUUAAAGUGCUGCGAGGAGGAGAGCAAAAAGUCGACUGCACCCGCGCCUGAAAUAAAGACUGAAGCCGCAGCUUUAAAGCAGGCUCCCAAGCCCGGAGCCUCGGAGGAACCCACAGCAGGAGGGGUCCGAUCUUUAAAGAAGGAACAAGCUAGAAGAUCAUCUGCAGAUGUUAAAGAAAGUCAUCAUAAAACAGGCAUUCAGCUCAAACUUGAGGCAAAAAGUAAAAGUGCAUCUUCAAAAAAGCCUGCAUCUAUUGAGGAGAUCAGGCGCAGUGUGCGUGAUUCUCUGAAAGACAUUCUUAUGCAGAGGUUGAAGGAGUCUGAUUUGAAUGUCCCAGCGGAGAAAGCGUCUGAAGUUGCCAAGAAGAUUGAGAGGGAAAUCUUCCACAUGUAUAAAGAUACAGAAAACAAAUACAAGAGCAAGUAUCGAAGCUUGAUGUUUAACCUCAAAGAUACUAAAAAUAAUGUUCUCUUUCGGAAGGUUCUGAAGGGAGAAAUAUCUCCUGCUAAUCUGAUCCGAAUGAGUCCAGAGGAGCUGGCUUCCAAGGAACUGGCUGCUUGGCGGCAAAGAGAGAACCGGCAUACAAUUGAAAUGAUUGAGAGAGAGCAAAGAGAGGUUGAGCGGCGCCCCAUCACCAAGAUCACACACAAAGGGGAGAUUGAGAUCGAGAGUGAAGAACCAGGGAAAGUACCCGAACCUGUGGAGAUAGAGGUUGAAUCGCCAGUCAAAGUCGCAGAAGUGCCAGUAGAGGCUGCCAUUGUUCCGGAGAAACGGACAGAGAGCACCGAGACCGAGAGAGACACCACCAGCAAGCACAAGUCUCACUUGUUUGACCUCAACUGCAAAAUCUGUACAGGUCGUAUGGCACCCCCAGUGAAAGAGGCGCCCACCAAAGUGGUCAAAGUUGCGACAUCAGUGGCAAAGCGACCGUCUGCUAAGAGCGAUGAGGGUAGCGCGCCGGCACCAUCUGCUGUUGAAGACGACUUGCAUCUCGCAGUCUUAGAGGAGAGCUUCCAGAAGGCUCACACCAGCUUCGAGCGAAGGUCUGAUCCUCCAUCCGUCCGAGAUGAUGACUCAUCGUUCCUCUCCAGCCUGAAGUCCUUGUGGCGAGGUUUCCUUACGAUGCACUCUGUGGCUAAACUUGUCACUAAAGCUUUCCCUGUGUCAGGCGUUCUGGACAGCUUGACUCAGGAUCUUCCUGACAGUAUUCAGGUUGGUGGAAGGAUAAGUCCGCAGACCGUGUGGGACUACUUGGAGAAGAUACGUGCUACAGGAACUAAAGAAGUGUGCCUGAUUCGCUUCUCCCCUGUAACCGAAGAAGAUGAAAUCUCCUACACUCUCCUGUAUGCUUACUUCAGCAGCAGAAAGCGCUUUGGCGUGGUGUCAAACAACCGCAAACAAGUGAAGGACAUGUAUCUUAUUCCUUUGGGUGCUUCUGAAAAAGUGCCACAUCAGCUUGUGCCUUUUGAUGGACCAGGUCUGGAAAACAACAGAGCAAAUCUUCUCUUGGGACUGAUAAUUCGUCAGAGGCCGAAGAGAGAUUAUAUUCCUGUUGACAUGAACGAAGCAACAAGGGUACCGCCUGAAGUCAAGCCCGUCCCAGUAUCUGUCAAAGAAACUCCUGCAGAAGAAGAAGAUGAGAAACUCUUCCUGGCCUCCUUGACCACUCCCAAUAAAAGCGAGAAGGAUAAAAUACUUGAGACUACAGAGGAUGCAGAGGAGCCCAUCGCAGAGUCUUUUGAAGAACCAUCUGCGGCAGGCAACAGCAGCCAGGAAUCCCUUAAGCCUUUGCGUUUUCUUCCAGGUGUGUUACUCGGCUGGGGUGGAAUACUCCCGCCGCUGCCAGAUUUUGGAGGAAAGCCUCUGGUUGACACUCACAAGGUCCAGCCUGCCCAAAAACCAAGGGUGCCAUCCAGCGGGGACUCCAAGGGUCCAGCUGCUGCUGGCGUUGCCGCCGCGUCUCGAGAGCGCUUUGUUAUCAAGAAAAAAGAAGUGAAAGCUGUCCAAGCUGAAUCUCAGUCAUCCAGCCAAACGGAGGCUGGGAAAACGUCACUGGGAAAAGAUGCUGAGGCUGCACCGGGAGGUCCUCCCGUCUCCCUGAGAGAUAAGCCUCCAGAUGUUUCCACGGAAGCUUUCUUGGAAAACUUGUCGACGCUUCAAAAAGAGCAUGAAGUGGGCAGCGGCGAUACCCCCAAGAAGGAUGACAUCGCUCUUCUCUUCAGUUCAGACAAAGCCAAGUUGGGAUCGCAGCCAGUGCCAGAGCACAUAAAUACCUUCAAACCUUUAAGUGGGAUAUUGAAAAAGAUUUCCACCUAUUCAAGUGUGACAGAAAACAAAGCCAGUGAAACAAGCCCCAUUGCACCCGUUGAUGCCAAGCAAGCUCCCAUGUCGAGCAUCAGUAAAACCAGCCCAGUGACAACAUUCCAUCAAGGCUUUUUACAGAUCUCUCAGGCCAAACACAAACUGAAAGACCAAAACCAAUCCGGCAGUCAAUCGGUCCCAGAUGACCGCAAAGAUCCUGCUGAAGUCCAGCUGAGCGGCACAAUAACUCAAGACAAAAUGGAGGCGCCAGCCCUCCCAGCAUGCAACAGUGUUGCUCUUGUCCACCAGGAGGAGCAGCAACCUCAGGUACCUGGCAGCAACCACGAUCCAUCUGUUACAAACACUUUCCAAAACCCACAUGUUCAGGAUCAGAACCAUGCCACACCCCUGGCCCAGGAGAGCGCCUCACCCUCGGAGCACCCCGAGAGUCUCCCUCCACCAGCUGACCAACUUCCAUCGCAGGCCAAAGAGGAAGGAGAAGCCCAGGAGGAAGUCUACACUUAUUGUCACCCAUGGGAGGAGAAGCAGCGACACAGCGAGGAGAGGGAACAUCACAGGAAGCACGGCCACCGAAGAGACCACGGGAAGAAGAGCAGGCACCACGACAGAGGACGGAGCAGGAAGCACGAGCACGAAUACGACGACAAACACAGAGACAGGAUUAGGCACCACAGACACUCUGAGGACCGCUACGGCGAGAGGCGGAAAGAGCGAUACUACAGCGACGACUACAGCGGCCGCCACAAAGAACGCCACCGACACCGGCGGGACUCGGACUAUGAUUAUGACAAUGGCCACAGGAGCUCAAAGGACAGCUACAUGUAAUUGUUUUAUAAACAUUUUUUUUUUUUAAAAGAAAACAAGUCCUAGUAGUAUGUGUUUGGUGCUGUAUGAAACUCAUUCUCCGAUUCAAACCACAUCAGAUUGUUGGGGCUGUUUCGAUUGUUUCCUCUGUCAUUCAUGCGCAGAAGCCCCCCCCCCCCCCUCCCAGAAAGAGACUUCUGUUAUGACCAGCUAAGCUGUUUUUUAGUGGAGUUAUGAGUUUUUCUGUUGUUUUAGAAGGGUUAUGAACUUGAACUUGCUUUUUUCAAUUUGCUACACCCAGUAAAGCCCACGACAACACAACAACAACAACAACAACAACAACAACAACAACAACAAAACAACAUUUUUUUUUUUUUUUUUUUGUAUUUGUCCA